AUGCCUGGGAACAAGUGUAAUGACAACUCACAAGUCCUCAAUACUCGGAUAGCGAGGCUCUUGAGAGAAAGAGAGCUAAGAAGAAGCAGCAGAGCUUCUUCUUCAAGUGAUGGUACUGAUGGCAACAGAGGGUCUGAGGUCUCUGAGAACGAUAUCUCAGAUUUGGAAGACAUUGCACAAGCACAUAGUAAAGGGUGGGAAAAUCCUGACGUGAGGCCUACCAGACAAAGAUUGUUAGUGGUUGCUAAUAGACUUCCCGUAUCUGCAGUUAGGAAAGGUGAAGAUUCCUGGUUGCUAGAGAUAAAUGCAGGGGGUCUAGUAACCGCUCUUCUUGGAGUUAAGGAAUUUGAGACACGGUGGAUUGGUUGGGCAGGAGUAAAUGUGCCAGAUGAGGUCGGGCAGAAGGCUCUUACUAAAGCUCUAGCUGAAAAGAGGUGCAUCCCUGUUUUCCUUGAUGAAGAAAUUGUUCAUCAGUACUACAAUGGCUACUGUAACAACAUAUUGUGGCCUUUGUUUCACUAUCUUGGACUUCCACAAGAAGACCGUCUUGCGACAACUAGGAGUUUUCAAUCACAGUUUGCUGCAUAUAAGAAGGCAAAUCAAAUGUUCGCUGACGUGGUGAACAAACACUACGAAGAGGGUGAUGUUGUUUGGUGUCAUGACUACCAUCUCAUGUUCCUUCCGAAAUGUUUGAAGGAACAUAACAGCAAAAUGAAAGUUGGGUGGUUCCUACACACACCCUUUCCAUCUUCAGAAAUCCACAAGACACUGCCAUCUAGAUCAGAGCUGCUAGAUGCAGUUAUAGCUGCCGAUUUGGUUGGUUUCCACACAUACGAUUAUGCACGACAUUUUGUCAGUGCUUGUACUCGCAUUCUUGGAAUUGAAGCUACCCCUGAAGGAGUAGAGGAUCAAGGCAGACUAACCCGUGUGGCUGCGUUCCCAAUUGGAAUUGAUUCAGAGAGAUUCAUUCGAGCUCUUGGAGUUCCUGAAGUCCAGAAACACGUGAAAGAAUUAAAAGAAAGAUUUGCUGGAAGAAAGGUAAUGCUUGGUGUGGAUCGCCUUGACAUGAUCAAAGGAAUCCCUCAAAAGCUACUAGCGUUUGAGCAGUUUCUUGAGGAAAACCCAAACUGGCGUGAUAAAGUGGUUUUGCUGCAAAUAGCCGUGCCAACAAGAACUGAUGUUCCUGAAUAUCAAAAACUUUCAAGCCAGGUCCAUGAAAUUGUUGGGCGGAUCAAUGGCAGAUUUGGAACUUUGACUGCUGUUCCAAUUCAUCAUUUGGAUCGUUCUCUUGACUUUCAGGCACUGUGUGCACUGUAUGCUGUUACCGAUGUAGCACUAGUUACGUCUCUGCGGGAUGGGAUGAAUCUCGUCAGCUAUGAGUUUGUGGCAUGUCAAGAUUCCAAAAAAGGAGUUCUCAUCCUCAGUGAAUUUGCGGGAGCAGCACAGUCUCUUGGUGCUGGUGCAAUUCUAGUAAAUCCUUGGAACGUCACAGAAGUUGCUGCUGCAAUAGGACAAGCUUUGAAUAUGCCUGCUGAAGAAAGAGAGAAACGUCACCGACAUAACUUUGAGCACGUGUCUUCUCAUACUGCUCAACAAUGGGCUGAGUUCUUCGUGAGUGAAUUAAAUGAUACCAUUAUUGAAGCCCAGCAGAGGAUAAGAAAAGUUCCACCUCAACUUGUUUUCAGUGAUGCAAUCCAGCACUAUUUGCAAUCUACGAAUCGGUUACUUAUACUGGGUUUCAAUGCUACACUAACUGAACCGGUCGACACUCCUGGGAGAAGAGGUGGAGAUCAGAUUAAAGAAAUGGAACUUAAAUUGCACCCUGAGCUGAAAGGACCUCUGAAGAUGCUUUGUAAUGAGCCAAAUACAACGAUUGUUGUCCUCAGUGGAAGCGAGAGAAGUGUCUUAGAUGAUAACUUUGGUGAGUUUGACAUGUGGUUGGCAGCUGAGAAUGGGAUGUUUUUGCGUUCUACAAAGGGUGAAUGGAUGACAACGAUGCCAGAGCAUUUAAAUAUGGAUUGGGUUGACAGUGUGAAGCAUGUUUUUGAGUAUUUCACUGCAAGAACCCCGAGAUCACAUUUUGAAAGUCGUGAAACUUCACUUGUAUGGAACUACAAGUAUGCAGAUAUUGAAUUUGGAAGGUUGCAAGCUAGAGACAUGCUGCAGCAUCUCUGGACUGGUCCAAUUGGUAACUCAUCUGUAGAUGUUGUCCAAGGAAGCCGCUCAGUUGAGAUGCGAGCAGCUGGUGUGACAAAGGGUGCUGCUAUUGAACGUAUACUGGGAGAGAUAGUUCAUAAUAAAGCCAUUUGUACACCAAUAGAUUAUGUCCUGUGCUUGGGGCAUGUCUUAGGGAAGGAUGAGGAUCUUUACACAUUUUUUGAGCCUGAUCUUUCUUUUGAAACUAUGGGUAUACCAAGAACAAAAGCGUCUGAUGCAACGAAAAGGCCGACUUCAAAGCUUCCGUCUGGUAGAAGCAACUCCAAGUCUCAGGUUAAGAGUCAGCAAUGUGGGCCAAACCCGGUCAAGAAAUCAUUUAACGGUGCCUCUGGGAACAGCCGGAGGUCAUCAUCAGAAAAUAUCUCGUGGAAUGUGCUCGAUUUGAAAAAGGAGAACUAUUUUUCUUGUGCCGUUGGCCGCACUCGCACGAAUGCUCGGUACCUUCUUAAUACAUCAGAUGAUGUUGUGGUGUUUCUCAGGGAGAUGGCUGAAGCUUCCUUGUAG